AUGUGCAAGGUCAUCAGCACGGUCCAGUCUCUCGCCUGGCUGCGCCGCGCCGUGCGACGGUGGUGCUGCCGAGCGGCGGCCUCAGUGCGGCCCGUAAAGGACAUGCUGGACGCCGCCGUGCCGGCGGGGCACGUGGCCGUGCGCGUUCAGAGCCGUGGCCACGGGGAGUCGUCGUCGAUGCGGUUCCUGGUGCCGGUGGCACAGCUGAGCCACCCCGCGUUCCGGGAGCUCCUCCGGCAGGCGGAGGAGGAGUACGGCUUCCCGUCGACCUCCGGGCCCCUCGCGCUCCCCUGCGACGAGGACCACCUCCGCGACGUCCUCCGCCGCGUCUCGUCGUCUGACUCCGACGACCGCCCCUCCUUCCCUCGCCGCCGCGGCGUCAUGGCGGCGCCGCACAAUGACUCGCGGCCGCUGCUGCAGGGGGUGGCCGUCGAGAAGCUCGUCUCAUGA